CCCUCGCCCACCUGGCCGCGGCUCGCCCGGCCUCGCCGCGCUCGGCCCCGCACCCGCCGCCGCCGCAGCAACAUGUUGCCCAGGGCAGCCUCGUCCAUGCCGCCGCCUCCCAACCCCGCUCCCUACUUCCCGCCUGCCCGGGUCACGCUGCCCUCCGGCCUGGAGAUCCUGCGCACCUUCUCGGGAGCCGUCAUCUUCCUGGAGAUCCUGUUCGGAACAAUAGUCUGGAUUUUGGUCGCUUCUACCCGAGUUCCACUGCCGCUGCUGCAGGGAUGGGUCAUGUUUGUAGCAGUGACUGCAUGGUUCCUGUCCAUUGUGUUCCUCUCUGUGUUCCUCUUCGGCUAUGCAAAUAGAAUUGCUCUCAACUGGAACCAGGCGGAUUUUAUUUUCCAUGGAGCUACUUUUGUCUUUUAUUUUGGAGCUUUUCUACUCCAAGCGGCAACUACAUCUCUGCAUCACUUUCCCCGCAAAUUCAAUUCCACCACACAAGAGAGGAUUCUAACUGGUCAUGAAUAUAACAUAAGCAUAGCAGCUUCGAUUUUUGCCUUUGCAACAGCUGUUUGUUACGGUUUCAGCACAGCCCUGGCAUUAAGGAGAUGGAGGCUAAAUAACAGCUGAAGAGAGGUUAACACCCAUGUGUUCCACUUCAGAUCAAAUUAAGUGCUACUUGUCUGUUUUACUGUAAUCUAAUUCCAAAAAGACUUUUUUUCUGCUUAAAAUCUGUUUUAAAUGCAAAUAACCCCUAAUUAGGAUUUCCUCAACAAGUUUCCAUCUCUUCCCUUUCUAAUAUUUACUUUUAUUGUGUAUGCAUUAUAAGUGUACUAAUUGUGUGGUAUUAGGGAGUUCAGGGAUAAACAGACAUGUCAUUACCAGACAGCAGAACUCUAGUGCUACAUCAGUAGAGGAAGAAAGUGGAAACUAAGCCAAGAUGUUGACUGCAUAGGCAGCUAAAAAGCUUCCCCCCUUAUUAAUUCCUGAGAUUGGGCCUUAAGUGUCUUGCAGCCGUAAUGGUGCACUCCACACAGGUCCAGCCUUGAGGCUUCUUGUAGAGUCAUGGAUGUUCUGUGUGCUGCUCUUUACAUGAUCAGACCUGACUUUGAAAUGCCAACUUAGUAUAUAUGUAUUAUUAACUUUGGUGUACAGAGAAUAUAUUUUAAAUAACCAUGCAGUGAAAUCUUUUGAUACUCUUUUGUAUCUGCCAUAUCUGUCUAUGGUCAUCUGAUCCUUGAAGCUUAUUACGUUCCAUACUAGAUGAAAACCAUUUUGGACUGUCAAUCAGUAGUUCAUUAGUUUUAGGAACUAUUUAUCAGAUCUAUUUAUACUGCAAAACAAAACAGUGCAUUUGUGUUGUGUGUAUAUACAUGGUGUAUUUUUGUUUAACAGGAGUAUUUGCACUGUUUUAGUUCUUAGAGUACAGAUUUGUUUUUGUUAACUUAAAGUGCUGUAUUUGUUAGGUGCUAUGUGAGUCAAUGUCAUUUGAAUGGAAUGUUACCAAAUGGUGAAUAAUGUCUGACCUCAAUUCUUGCAGUGUGUUAUUUGCUGCAUUCUAAACCUGCAGUGUUGUAAAGGUGUUUUUAUUUGGAGAGAUGCCUGUACAACAUCUUACUGAAGGCAGUGGAAUGCAAAGCAGUCCGACCACUAUGGAGUUUGCUUUUCGCACGAAUGAAGUUUAAUUGAGCCUUUCUUGAAUAUCCUGUUGUAUAAUGACAUGCAAUAUUAUAUAUAGAUAAUUGAUUUAGCAAAACUAAAUGAUAAGGUUGUGCUCUGCUCCCUGACACUCAUGUCCUUUUGCAGAUGGUGAAAAUUUUUUUUUAUAAUGCUGGCAAAUAAUUUUUGCUGUUGUGAAUAGUGCCAAAUAGAACCUGGGAGAAUAAAAGCUCCCUGUCAUUCGUAAAACAGCUUGUUGACUAUGUCCUGCCAGUGCACCUGAAUAUUCUGCAGAGACCAGCAGUGCUUGGGUAAGGGAAGGCAGGAUUUCCUUCACUCCCAGGCCUACUCAUUCUCCUUGAGCCAACAACGGUAUCUGCCGUGGAAGUUGUUUUAUCAAACUUGUUAAGUACAAAAAUCUGUGAGAGGCAGCCACCCUCAGCAGUGCCCUGCAGUCCCUGCUGACCCAGGACAGGUUCUUAUGGGUGACACGGCACUGAGUGGCAGCCCCUCUGACUACAGAACCACGUGGUCAUCCAGAAUUACUGCAAGUGGGAUGUUUGCCUUUAUCUGGUUUCUGAAUCUUUUUUUCUUCCAAAGAUUUUGUACUCUUGUCCGAUUUUUUUUUCCUAAUUCUCUAAUUGCAUUGAGACUUUUUGUGAACAUUUUAUCUAGAGCCAUAUACUUUUAAAAAUACUUCAUAUUGUAAAAAAUACCUUUACACUGGAGUAUAUGGAUGAAAGUAUAUAACAAAGACUUAUGCUAAGCAGCAUUAAAGUUCCUUAAUAUAUUUA